AGGGAGGGGGGAAUGGGGAAUUUCUUUGGAAAGCAGAGGCUGUGUGCUGUCUGACUGUUGACAAGGGCAGGCAGGCGGAGGGAGAGCAGAGAGAUGGAGAGAGGAACGAGGUUUUCCAGGACUGAUACGUGGAGUGUGGGCACUAUGAAAAGCAUCUAGCACAAGGGAUUUGAGGAAUUCCUCAACGCAAGGCAGAUCUAUGACUUGCACCGACGGUGAAGUUUUUCUGGCACAAGGAUGCACAUAUUUUGUGCACCAGGUACUUGACACUGAAGUCUGCUGUAUUAAUAUCCAUGUCGCCUGAAGUGAAUGGUGGAAAAACACAUCACAGGAAGUGUAAUGGAUAGACUCUGUGUGGAAAGCCUGGAAUUGAUCUCACUGGAUUUACCCUAAGCUUCUCUUUGAUCCAUGUGCCAGGUAGUCGUCUUGCAUGCUUUACGUCUCUUUAUCUCUCCCGUCUGUCUCGUAACAUCCACGCUGUGGUGUAUGGCUGCAAACAGCAUGCCUUAAUCUACAGGCAAAGACUCAAUGUACUGUAAUUUUCCUUGCCAUCAUACUAGAUGUCAAUGUGUAAUCUGCUGGAAGGUUAGGAAGGUUGUGGUUGCAGUGUUCAAGUGUGCUCGAAUGUUGGAAAAAAACGAAGCACGAUGCAAAUCAAAGGGGAACGAAGAUUCUGAGGCUUUAAGAUAUAUGGAAGACAAACAGACACGCAAACGUGCACAAAGGACACAAGUAGCAAUCUAGUCUAAUCCACAGGAAGAAACCACAAUUCAAACCGUCGUCUCUCCUCCUCUAAAGCUCAUAAAAUGUCUUUUUGUCACUUGGGAUCAAAACGGAAUACCUGAUCACCAUAGAUCAGUUUAAUCUAUGUCUGUGUCUACCUGUCUACCCAACUUGAACCUCAUGGAGCAAACUGGUGUAUCACAGCAUAAAACCACCUACCUCAUCUCCCUAACCUUGGUAAAGGUGGAGACAACUGAGGAUCAUGGGAUGGAAAAGGCCAGGCAAAGUGUGGAGGGGGCAACAAGUCAGGCUGGAGAAAAAAAGCUAUCUUCAAAUGCAGAUUCGAGCAACAGUGAUCUGAAACAACAGAAACAAGAGGAGGUCACUGAACCAGAACCAAGGAAAAGUACCCUGCUCAAAACAGGACAGGAAACACUUCCAAGCCCCAGAGACCAUAAAGCACUUUUUACAGAUGGUGCACAAGCCAGUGACAGGCAAAAAUCAAUAACCUCAUCCACUGCAGAAAACGGUGGGGCAAGAGAAGCCUCAGGAGCAUCUCAAACAUCUAUAUCCAAGGAUGCAGCAGAACCAACCCAACCCCCAGCCACAAGUGAUGGCGUAGGACGUGUUAACAAGCGUCCCGUUUCCCUUCUAAAAACACACAGUGGUGCCCUUAGUGGCCGUGAAUUAAGGGAGGCCAGAGACAGUAUCCAUGCUUCCUCUAAAAGCCUGGAUCGGAAAGACAGCAGGAACAGGAUUCAGUCCCCUGCAAGCCCUGCUCCAAGCACAUUUAGAGCCUCCUGGGCUGUGUGUGAGGCCAAACCCAACGAAGAAAAUCAGAAAGGAGGCACUAGGGUUAAAAUGUCUACAGAAGCUGUGAUUGCCAUGCGGACCCAAAGCCCAAGAGCUGAGAGACUGAAGUCAGGGUCUACAUCUCUUCCAGCUCCUGUCACUGUGGUCUCCAAACCCCAGCGCAAAGGGAAGAGUCGUACCCUGGACAACAGUGACCUGAACUGCCUGUCUGAGGACCUUCUGAAAGGAAAAGGUGGUCAAAUGACAUCAGACAUCAGGACAGGUCAGUUGCAGGGGACCUCAACUCGUGACCGCAAAAUGUUCAGAUUUAUUAGUGGCAUUUUUACCAAGAGCACUCAAGUCCCAUCCAGCGCUGGUAUGGUACCCCAGGUUCCUAGCUCCUCACAGAGAGAGACCAGUGAGGAUGAAGCUUCCUUUGCUAACAGUCAGGAAUGGACCUUAAAUCGCUCUAUACCAGAGCUGAGACUGGGGGUGCUGGGUAGCAUACGGAGUGGAAAGUCUGCCCUGGUAAACAGGUUUAUCACAGGAAGCUAUCUUCCUCAUGAGUCACCUGAAGGUGGGAGAUAUAAGAAAGAGGUCUUGGUUGAUGGGCAGAGUUACUUGUUAUUGAUCCGAGAGGAAUCCUGCCUUCCAAAUGCACAGUUCAGCAACUGGGUAGAUGCAGUUAUUAUGGUGUUUAGCCUGGAAAAUGAAGCCAGCUUCCAAGAUGUGUACAAGAACUUCAGUGAACUGGGAACCCAUCGCAACACUGCAGACAUCCCUCUUAUAGUAGUAGGGACACAAGAUAAGAUUAGCAACACAAAUGUCCGUGUCAUUGAGGAUAAGCGGGUACAUCAGCUUUGUACAGAUGUGCGACGUUCUACGUACUAUGAGACCUGUGCCACCUAUGGACUGAAUGUGGAGAGAGUCUUCACUGAAGUGUGCCAGAAGAUAGUAGCAGGUAAGAAGCAAGCCAGCCAUCUAGCAACCUGCAAGUCCCUACCCAACUCCCCCAGCCACUCUGGAGCCUCUACACCUGUGUCUGCUCCAUUACUGGGACAGGCCAGUAAUGGGGGCCAGAGUAGUGAUUAUUCCUCCUCUUUGCCCUCCACCCCUGUUAUAAGUCACAGAGAAAUACGGGGAGUGGCAGGAGAGGGAGGCGCUCAGCGAAAUGUACCACGACGCCGGACCUCCUUGUUCACGAACCGUCGUGGGAGCGAUAGUGAAAGGAAGACUUCGGGGAGCAGAGCUGAUGCGGGAGACAUCAAACCGGUUAUUAUCAGACAGGGCACAUUAUGGAAGCGCAGUGAACGUUCUCUGAACAAGGAGUGGAAGAAGAAGCUUGUCACACUUACCAACAAUGGCAUUCUCACAUAUCAUUCAAACGUCAAUGAAUACAGGCAGAACACCCACGGUAAGGAGAUGGACCUGCUACGUGUUACUGUCAAAGUACCAGGAAAGCGUCUGCACAGGGCAGCACCCCCAACUGGCCCUGCUCCUGCUACUACUCUUUCCCCUGGAGUCAAUGGUCUUGCAAAAGACAAACCAGCACUUGAAGGAGGAAGCUCAUCAAUUCUUCUGACUGUUGAUGAGGCAGCUGGCUCUGUAAUGUCACCUCAAGAUGAACAAAAAAUCAAACGUUGUCCUUCAUCUGUGUCCAAUAAGGCAUUAAGCCUGGUAGAAUCAAGCAUUGACGGGGCUACAAGCUCUUCUCUGGGAAAAGACAUCACACCAUCAUCCCCCAUGACCGACAGAAAGAACAAGACUAGGAGGAAGAAAAGUAUGAAUGUCAAAGGAGAUGCUGCAGCCAGCCAGGCUGAUGCCAAGCGCAAAAUGUGGAAAUUGAAAAGCUUUGGUAGCUUGCGAAACAUUAACAGAACAGAGGAGGAGAAUGCAGACUUUAUCAUCAUAUCAAGCACAGGACAGAGCUGGCACUUUGACACCCAGAAUCAGGAGGACAGGGAUGCCUGGGUGCAAGCCAUUGAGAGCCAAAUCCUGGCUUCUCUGCAACUGUGUGAAAGCAGAAAUAAGACUCGGAGAUGUAGCCAGAGUGAAGCUGUGGCACUACAAGCCAUUCGCAAUGCCAAAGGAAAUGAUCUGUGUGUGGACUGUGAUGCACCACAUCCCACCUGGGCUAGUCUAAAUUUGGGAGCACUGAUUUGUAUUGAGUGCUCAGGAAUUCACAGGAACCUUGGGACACACUUGUCCCGAGUCCGCUCCUUGGACCUGGAUGACUGGCCUAGUGAGCUCACCAAGGUGCUAAUGGCAAUAGGCAACCACUUGGCCAACAGCAUUUGGGAAAAAUGUACACAAGAGCGCCAAAAGCCAACGCCUGAAGCAACAAGAGAGCAGAGGGAGUCUUGGAUCCGGGCUAAAUAUGAGCAGAAGUUGUUUGUGGCACCCUUGCCAACUCAGGACGAGAGCCCAGGUGAGGUGACAUCAUCGCAGCUCCUCAGUGCUGUCACCAACAAAGAUCUUCCCAGUCUCCUGCUGCUCUUGGCCCACAGCACCAAGGAGCAGCUUAAUGUUCCACUGCAGCCUCAGAGCCCCUUACAUGCAGCCUGCCAGUUUGGAGAUGUGGUCAUGACUCAGCUCCUAGUUUGGUAUGGUAGUGACGUGAAAGCAAAGAAUCCUCAAGGCCAAACAGCUUUAACGCUAGCACAACAGGCUGGGAGCCAAGAGUGUGUGGAUAUCCUUCGCCAACAUGGCUGCCCCAAUGAAACCUCACCCACUGCACCUACUGCACCUACUCCGAUUCUCUCCCGCAAAAAUAGCAUCACAAGUCUCGGACGUAACAAUUCCAGGAGAAGGGUCACAUAACUUGUAAAGACUUCAUGGACAGACAAAGAUUCUUCCAUUCUGGAGAAAAAAAAAAGAACAGUUUUUAUUUCAUUUUGUUAAAAUGCUAUGUACGUCUCUCUCUGUGGAUGUUUUGGUCUGUCCUCCUUCAUAUACGUCCAUUUAGGUUCCUCAGAGAAGGCAAAAAAACAUACUUGUCAAUGUCUGAAAUGAAAUUAUCAAGCCAGCUUAAAAUUAAAUAAAGAUACUGUUUCAACGACUCAAAAGCAAUAUUAUACAUGCUAAUUAUAUAUCUAAUACAAAGACAAAUGUAGCCUAGAGAGCUUCUCCAAGCAAUCUGUGGAUUCAACAUUACUGUAUGACUCAUAAAACUGUUCCUCAUAAUAAGCAACAUACAUGAGGCCACUGUGUUUGUAUGGGAAAAGGAUAGUAUGUCAUUGUGCACCGUUUCUAAAUACUAGAAUAAAUAAACUUAAAUCUUUAAA